AUGGCAGGAAUUGUAGAGGUGCUGCAGUUUCCCAAUGAUGUGCAUGAUGAUGUUCUCUCUGCCUACUUGCUGUGGAAUGCAGUGAGUUUGUUCUAUGGGUGGUGCACAGGCCAAUCACCACCGGCAGCUAUAGGCCUGCUGCCAUGGAACGACUUGAUUGCAUGGGCCCAACAGCGGCUCCCCGCUCACCUCAUGAUGGAACUGCAUUGCUAUGCGGAUCGACUGGAUCUGCACUAUGCGUUUCGGGUGCAUGCGUCGCUGCCGUUGCCUACAUUUGAGGACCCUACGCGAAGCAGUCGGGCGGAGCGCAUGGCACAGCAUCUUCUUGAGUCUGGAGCGUGCACGCUUUGGGGAGCAGCAAGGCAGGUUGUAGCAGCUUUGGUGCUCGAACUGCCUAGGCAUGCAUUUGCUAAGGCCUGGUCACAGGGAAGCAGUAUGACAUUUGGGGUAUAUGGCAAGGGCCCCUUUACAGGUCUAUGCAGGCAGACGCUUACCCACUCCAACACAAUCCGACUCUUGAAUCAACUACUGCUGCGCAUAUGUCCGCAUCAUCACUGGAGCACCAUCACAGUACUGCACAACUAUCGCACCCCGGUGCACCUUGAUCGACAAAAUGGCCCGGAACCCAACCUUCUGAUGUCUCUGUCUUUUCAUGAACAAGGCGAGAUCUGGAUUGAAGGGGAGGACGGGCGGGAAUUUGUUGACUGUGAUGAGGGGAUGGUCCGUGGAGAGCGCCAUUCGCUGAAUCUGCAGGCCAUUCGUUUUGAGGCCCACCGAUACCGGCAUUGCACAUGUGAUUGGUCGGGCACUGAUCGUGUUAUGCUGGCUGCAUAUACAGUGAAUCGCUGGGAACAUCUUGCUGGCCACCAUUUGGAGCAGCUGGAGCGAUUGGGCUUUGUGUUGCCACCCCGUAGAAUGGUGCACCAGCCUGGGCUUCACCAUGAUCGCAUUCCGACGGUGCUUCGCGAUGGUUUCGUGUAG